AUGAGGGGCGGCGAGCGGCCCCGGGGGCGCCUGUGGCCGGUGCUGGCCGUGCUGGCCGCGGCGGCCGGCUGCGCCCGGGCGGCCAUGGACGAGUGCGCGGACGAGGGCGGGCGGCCGCAGCGCUGCAUGCCCGAGUUCGUCAACGCCGCCUUCAACGUGACCGUGGUGGCCACCAACACGUGCGGGGCGCCGCCCGAGGAGUACUGCGUGCAGACCGGGGUGACCGGGGUCACCAAGUCCUGUCACCUGUGCGACGCCGGGCAGCCCCACCUGCAGCACGGGGCCGCCUUCCUCACCGACUACAACAACCAGGCCGACACCACCUGGUGGCAGAGCCAGACCAUGCUGGCCGGGGUGCAGUACCCCAACUCCAUCAACCUCACGCUGCACCUGGGAAAAUCUUUUGACAUCACGUACGUGCGCCUCAGGUUCCACACCAGCCGGCCGGAGAGCUUCGCCAUCUACAAGCGCACGCGGGAAGACGGGCCCUGGGUGCCGUACCAGUACUACAGCGGCUCCUGCGAGAACACCUACUUCAAGGUGAACCGCGGCUUCAUCAGGACCGGCGAGGACGAGCAGCAGGCCUUGUGUACGGACGAGUUCAGCGACAUUUCCCCGCUCACCGGGGGCAACGUGGCCUUCUCCACGCUGGAAGGAAGACCCAGCGCCUACAACUUUGACAACAGCCCCGUGCUGCAGGAGUGGGUAACAGCCACUGACAUCCGAGUGACUCUCAAUCGCCUCAACACUUUCGGAGACGAGGUGUUUAAUGACCCCAAAGUUCUCAAGUCCUAUUAUUACGCAAUCUCUGACUUUUCCGUAGGUGGUAGGUGUAAAUGUAAUGGACACGCAAGCGAGUGUGUGAAGAAUGAGCAUGACAAGCUGGUGUGCGACUGCAAGCAUAACACCUACGGAGUAGACUGUGAAAAGUGUCUUCCUUUCUUCAACGACCGGCCGUGGAGGAGGGCGACUGCCGAGAGUGCCAGCGAAUGCUUGCCCUGUGACUGCAAUGGUCGAUCACAAGAGUGUUACUUUGAUCCUGAACUAUACCGUUCCACCGGCCACGGUGGCCACUGCACCAACUGCCAGGAUAACACAGACGGCGCCCACUGCGAGAGGUGCCGGGAGAAUUUCUUCCGCCUUGGGAACACGGAGCCCUGCUCUCCGUGCCACUGUAGUCCUGUGGGUUCCCUCAGCACGCAGUGUGACAGCUAUGGCCGAUGCAGCUGCAAGCCGGGAGUGAUGGGCGACAAGUGUGACCGUUGCCAGCCCGGGUUCCAUUCUCUCACGGAGGCAGGGUGCAGGCCUUGCGUGUGUAACCCUUCAGGCAGCACGGAUGAAUGCAACGUCGAGACAGGGCGGUGUGUUUGCAAAGACAACGUUGAAGGCUUCAACUGUGAGAGAUGCAAACCUGGGUUUUUUAAUCUGGAACCAUCGAAUCCCCGAGGCUGCACACCCUGCUUCUGCUUCGGCCAUUCUUCCGUCUGUACCAAUGCCGUGGGCUACAGCGUUUACUCUAUAACCUCCACCUUUCAGAUUGACGAGGAUGGGUGGCGUGCAGAGCAGAGGGACGGCUCUGAAUCAUCCCUGGAGUGGUCCCCUGAGAGGCAAGACAUCGCCGUCAUCUCAGACAGCUACUUUCCUCGGUACUUCAUCGCUCCCGCCAAGUUCCUGGGCAAGCAGGUGAUGAGCUAUGGCCAGAACCUCUCCUUCUCCUUCCGAGUGGACAGGCGAGACACUCGCCUCUCUGCCGAAGACGUGGUGCUCGAGGGAGCUGGCCUGCGAGUGUCCGUGCCCUUGAUUGCUCAGGGCAAUUCCUAUCCAAGUGAGACCACUGAGAAAUAUGUCUUCAGGCUCCAUGAAGCAACAGAUUACCCUUGGAGGCCUACUCUUACCCCUUUCGAAUUUCAAAAGCUCCUUAACAACUUGACUUCUAUCAAGAUCCGUGGGACCUACAGUGAGAGAAGUGCUGGCUAUUUGGAUGAUGUCACCCUGGCUAGUGCUCGUCCCGGGCCAGGGGUCCCUGCCACUUGGGUGGAGACCUGCACCUGUCCUGUGGGAUACGGAGGGCAGUUCUGUGAGGUGUGCAUCUCGGGCUACAGAAGAGAAACCCCGAGUCUCGGGCCGUAUAGCCCAUGUGUGCUCUGUACCUGCAACGGACACAGUGAGACCUGUGACCCUGAGACAGGGGUUUGCAACUGCAGAGACAACACUGCCGGCCCCAACUGUGAGAAGUGCAGUGACGGGUACUAUGGAGAUCCAACCGCGGGCACCUCCUCUGAUUGCCAGCCCUGCCCGUGUCCUGGGGGCUCAAGCUGUGCUGUUGUCCCUACAACCCAGGAGGUGGUGUGCACCAACUGUCCUACUGGGACCACCGGUAAGAGAUGUGAGCUCUGCGAUGAUGGCUACUUUGGAGACCCUCAGGGGACGAACGGCCCUGUGAGGCUUUGCCGGCUGUGCCAGUGCAACGCCAACAUCGAUCCCAACGCGGUCGGAAAUUGCAACCGCCUGACGGGAGAAUGCCUGAAGUGCAUCUACAACACGGCCGGCUUCUACUGCGACCGCUGCAAAGAUGGCUUCUUCGGAAAUCCGCUGGCUCCCAACCCGGCAGACAAAUGCAAAGCCUGCGAUUGCAACCCCUACGGGACCUCUCGGGAGCAGAGCGGCUGCAGCCCCGUGACCGGCCAGUGCGACUGCCUGCCUCACGUCACCGGCCGGGACUGUGGAGCUUGCGAACCCGGAUUCUACAACCUGCACAGCGGGCAGGGCUGCCAGAGGUGUGACUGCCAUGCUCUGGGUUCCACCAACGGACUGUGUGACAUCCGCACCGGCCAGUGUGAGUGCCAGCCAGGCAUCACCGGUCAGCACUGCGAGCACUGUGAGGUCAACCACUUUGGCUUUGGACCCGAAGGCUGCAAACCCUGUGACUGUCACCCUGAGGGGUCCCUUUCACUCCAGUGCAAAGACGAUGGUCGCUGUCAAUGCCGAGAAGGCUUUGUGGGAAACCGCUGUGACCAAUGUGAAGAGAACUAUUUCUACAAUCGGUCUUGGCCUGGCUGCCAGGAGUGUCCAGCAUGUUACCGGCUGGUGAAGGAUAAGGUCGCUGAACAUCGAGUGAAACUUCAGGAAUUAGAGGCUCUCAUGGCAAACCUUGGCACUGGAGGUGAAGUGGUGCCGGAUCAAGCCUUCGAGGAUCGACUGAAGGAAGCAGAGAGGGAGGUGAUGGACCUCCUUCGUGAGGCUCAGGAUGUCAAAGAUGUUGAUCAAAAUUUGAUGGAUCGCCUCCAGAGAGUGAAUAACUCCUUAUCCAGCCAGAUUAGCCGCUUACAGAAUAUCCGGAAUACCAUUGAAGAGACUGGAAACUUGGCUGAACAAGCGCGUGCCCGGGUAGAAAGCACAGAGCAGUUGAUUGAAAUUGCGUCCAAGGAACUUGAGAAAGCAAAGAUUGCUGUUGCCAAUGUGUCAAUCACUCAGCCAGAGUCCACGGGGGAUCCGAACAACAUGACCCUUUUGGCAGAAGAGGCGCGAAGACUUGCGGAACGCCAUAAACAAGAAGCUGAUGACAUUGUCCGGGUGGCCCAGACAGCCAAUGACACAUCAACUGAGGCAUAUAAUCUGCUUUUGAGGACACUGGCAGGAGAAAAUCAAACAGCAUUGGAGAUUGAAGAGCUUAAUAGGAAGUAUGAACAAGCAAAGAACAUCUCCCAGGAUCUAGAGAAGCAAGCGGCCCGAGUGCAUGAGGAGGCCAAAAGGGCCGGGGAGAAAGCUGUGGAGAUCUAUGCCAGCGUGUCCCAGCUGUCGCCUGUGGACUCAGAAGCCCUGGAGAAUGAGGCAAAUAAGAUAAAGAAGGAAGCUGAGGAUCUGAGCCGUCUGAUUGACCAGAAGUUAAAAGAUUAUGAGGACCUCAGAGAUGACAUGAGAGGGAAGGAGUACGAAGUGAAGAAACUUCUGGAGGGCGGCAAGGUCGAACAGCAGACCGCCGACCAACUCCUAGCUCGAGCUGAUGCUGCCAAGGCGCUUGCAGAAGAAGCUGCUAAACGGGGACGGAAUACCUUACAAGAAGCCAAUGACAUUCUCAACAACCUGAAAGACUUUGAUAAGCGAGUGAAUGAUAACAAGACUGCUGCAGAGGAGGCACUAAAGAGAAUCCCCGCCAUCAACCAGACCAUAUUUGAAGCCAAUGAAAAGACGAGGGAGGCACAGCUGGCCCUGGGCAAUGCAGCAGCAGACGCCACAGAGGCUAAGAACAAGGCCCACGAGGCGGAGAGGAUCGCCAGCGCUGUCCAGAAGAAUGCUACCAGCACCAAGGCAGAAGCUGAAAGGACUUUUGCAGAAGUGACAGAUCUGGACAAUGAGGUGAACAAUAUGUUGAAACAGCUACAAGAAGCAGAAAAGGAGCUGAAGAAAAAACAAGAUGACGCAGACCAGGAUAUGAUGAUGGCGGGGAUGGCCUCUCAGGCUGCCCAGGAAGCCGAGAUCAAUGCCAGGAAGGCCAAGAACUCCGUCUCCAGCCUCCUCAACCUUAUUAACAACCUCUUGGAGCAGCUGGGGCAGCUGGACACCGUGGACUUGAACAAGCUCAACGAGAUCGAAGGCACCCUGAACAAAGCCAAAGACGAAAUGAAAGCCAGCGAUCUGGACAGGAAAGUGUCCGACCUGGAGAACGAAGCCAGGAAGCAGGAGGCCGCCAUCCUGGACUACAACAGGGACAUCGAGGAGAUCAUGAAGGACAUCCACAACCUGGAGGACAUCAGGAAGACCUUACCCUCCGGCUGCUUCAACACCCCGUCCAUCGAAAAGCCCUAG